GCAGACAGCUACAGCCGUAUGUCCGUGUGACAUUCUGCUCAGUCGGCCAAUCCUCACCAAAUUCUCCAUCAAAUCCAACCAACCCCUCACCGCCUAUGCCGCCGCGGGCCGCCUAGGGUUCCGGCGGCCGCCGCUCCCUCGCCGGCGCGAUGGGGAACACCUGCAUCGGUCCCAGCGCCCCCUCGGACCGCCACAGCUUCUUCAACACCGUCUCCCUGGCCGUGCUCUGGCGACCCCCGGCCGCCGCUGACCGCGCCGAGCCUUCCCCGACCGCUGAACCCAGCUCAUCCACUCCCUGCUCUCCCCCCUCCAGGGCCCCUAACCCUGUCACCAUCUCCGACUCCGAGCACCCGCCACACUCCACCUCCACCGCCUUAGGCCCCGCCGCGCCGCCCAAUCCUAACGGCAAGCCCAAGCCCAAGCCCAAGGUGAAGCGCGUGCAGAGCGCCGGCCUCCUCGCCGGCUCCGUGCUGAAGCGCGACUCCGAGCGGCUCAAGGACGUCUACACCCUGGGCAAGAAGCUCGGGCAGGGGCAGUUCGGCACCACCUACCAGUGCGUCGAGAAGGCAACCGGGAAGCACUUCGCCUGCAAGUCAAUCGCCAAGCGGAAGCUCGUCACCGAUGAGGACGUCGAGGACGUGCGCCGCGAGAUCCAGAUCAUGCACCACCUGGCCGGCCACCCCAACGUCGUAUCCAUCGUGGGAGCCUACGAGGACGCUGUAGCCGUGCACCUCGUCAUGGAGCUGUGCGCUGGAGGGGAGCUGUUCGAUAGGAUCAUACAGCGGGGGCACUACUCUGAGAAAGCCGCCGCACAGUUGGCCCGGGUGAUCAUCGGGGUUGUCGAAGCAUGCCAUUCACUUGGGGUGAUGCACAGAGACCUCAAGCCUGAGAAUUUCUUGUUUGUGAACCAAAAGGAGGAUGCACCCUUAAAGGCUAUUGAUUUCGGGCUCUCCAUCUUCUUCAAACCAGCCUUGAUCUGUUUUGCUGGGAGAGGCGAAGAUCUCCUGGGUCAAUCAUGUGAAAUAUUUUCUGAUGUCGUUGGAAGUCCUUACUAUGUUGCCCCUGAGGUUCUGAAAAAACGCUAUGGCUGUGAGGUUGAUGUGUGGAGUGCCGGUGUAAUAAUUUAUAUCUUAUUGAGUGGGGUUCCUCCGUUUUGGGCUGAAUCUGAACAAGGGAUAUUUAAACAAGUUCUAAAAGGUGGUCUUGAUUUUUCAUCCGAUCCCUGGCCCAGCAUUUCGGAGAGUGCAAAGGAUUUGGUUAGGAAGAUGCUAAAUCGUGAUCCCAGAAAGAGAUUGACUGCACAUGAUGCUCUAUGUCAUCCUUGGGUUUGUGUAGAUGGAGUUGCUCCUGACAAACCUCUGGAUUCUGCUGUCUUAACCAGAUUGAAACAGUUUUCUGCAAUGAAUAAACUAAAGAAGAUGGCCCUUAGGGUCAUUGCUGAAAAUUUGUCUGAAGAUGAAAUUGCAGGAUUGAAAGAGAUGUUCAAAAUGCUGGACACUGACAAUAGUGGGCAGAUCACGUUGGAGGAACUAAAAAUUGGUUUGAAGAGAGUUGGUGCUAACUUAAAGGACUCAGAAAUUACAACACUAAUGGAAGCGGCAGAUAUUGAUAACAGUGGUUCCAUCGACUAUGGAGAGUUCCUAGCUGCAACUUUACAUCUGAACAAAGUCGAGCGAGAAGACAACCUCUUCGCAGCAUUCUCAUACUUUGAUAAAGACGGCAGCGGUUAUAUUACUCAUGAUGAGCUACAAAAAGCAUGUGAGGAAUUCGGUAUAGAAGAUGCACACCUAGAAGAUAUCAUCCAUGACGUUGAUCAGGACAAUGAUGGUCGGAUCGACUACAACGAGUUUGUAACAAUGAUGCAGAAGGGAAAUAACCCACUAGGGAAAAAGGGGCACUGCCAGAUGAGCUUUGGUCUUAGAGAAGCAUUGAAGCUUGGCUAAGUGGCAUGAUCAAUCCUGUGUGAAGUGCCAUUCGGCUUCAUAUGCCAACUUUAGCUGAUGAAACUAAGUCCGUGAAUUUGGGACGCCGGUACCAAAGGUGGAGCAAGUGCGCGAUACGAUUAGCUUUGGGAUACCAACUAAGCAGUGAGCAUGCAGGAACACAUUGGUGAUCUUUCGUCGUUAACCCCCCAUGUACAUGGCUUUUUUGAGGUGGGAUAGGAAUGGCGGUUGUGUUUCCCAUGGCCAUUCUUUGCACGUUAUGAAGCUCAGCUGCAGGAUGCUCUUAUAUAGAGAGAAAUGUUAGUCACAUCACAUCGCGUGUCCAUACUGUAUAGCGAAACUUAACAUGUUGUAAUAUCGGUCGGACAAUGUGUGCGUGUUGUAUGUUAUCUUUCUUAGAUAGAGGCACAGGCUUAGCGUUGUCAUAUAUGUAUUGCAAGAAUAUGCAGGCUGUAUAUUAACCAAAUGAUUUUUUUGUGUACAUUUCAGUGCAUCUAGACCA